GAAUGAUUACCGCAGAGUUGGCGGUGAUCCAGCUCUACAGUCAUGAGUCGCAGAUCUCAGCUUUGACUCAAAGAAACUGUGAACUGAGCGGGGCGGACACUAAAGCCGUCUCCGCGGAGCGCAGGGUGGAAUCGACUGCCGUGGACAAGUGCGACGGCCACAUGCUUCGACUAUGUCACGCAGCUGAUAACAGACAGAGGAGACAACCCAUGUCCAGGAUUUGGGUGUGAGACACAAUGUCUCUCUUACUGACGCUUUUCCUCCUCAGUCUCCUGCUCGGGAUUGUCUUAUGUGUCAUUUUCAGGUGGCUUAUUUGCACUCUAGCUGUGCGAUUCUUCCAAACUGCGUUCAAUGCGGAUCUGAAGAUCAAAUCAGUAGGGCUGUUUUCUGUCCAAGGAGUUAGCAUCCAGUUUCACCCCCAGCAUACUCUGGAAAUUGACAGAAUAUGGAUUUCAAGUAAACUUCUUAACCAGGAUUUGCCGAGAUAUCUGGCAUUAUGUGUUGGUGAAACAAGAAGCAGAUUUGACUUGAAUGCUCCCCUGAAGCCUUUGGUCAAGAGGAGCCAUGGCAAGAAACCUAGGAGAAUUUCAGUCAGCCCCACAACUCUACGCUUCCUGUCGCAGCUGUUGUCAUUCCAUGUAAGCUCCAUCAAUGUGAUGGUGCUCAACCUGGGACUGUCAGAGUCUCUGUGGCACAUGACUGUUGCAGGCAUCACCUUGUUACUUGACCAUCAAAAUAAAAGGUUGGCAUGGGACCUGUCAGUUGGGCAGCUAAGCAGUAAAGUGCUUAAAAGCAGUCAGUUGGACAUAUGUUUGGCUGAAAUGGCCCUGAGCCUGCUGCUGUCUGGAGACGUGAGCCUACCUGAUAUGAAGCCAGGUUGUCUGUCCCUGAGUGUGAGGACGCUCAUAGCAGAGCUGCAUGAAGGACUAUUUCAAAGCCACUUCCUGUUCCCUGUGUCUCCACCCAAAAGUCAACAUGAAGCUUCUCUAGAGAAAGUACAUGAGUGUGAAAACACCCAGUUCAUCCAGACUGAGGCUGUGGAAAAAUUUCAUCAGCUGGUUCCUCACAAGGUCAACGUGGAAUUUGAUAAUACGAAUGUAACCCUGUCCAUGCACAGCCAGAAAAGACACCUGAACUGGACUUUAAAGUCUUCAAAGAUCUGCUAUGAGCGGGAUGAUGAGCAGCUUCCACUUAAAAGCUUCACUCCUGAGUUGAGCUUUCCUCAGAGCAGUCUUGAAGUCUUUCUAGAGGAUGGACUGCUCCUCUCUCAGAGUAGGCAAAGGAUCCUUUGUGUGAACACUCUUAAGACAGCCCUGCAAGUUUCAUCAGUCGACAUCUCUGGGUCAUUUGCAGUCAACACUUGUAUCAUUCACUAUCGUCAUCAGGAGUUCUCCCACUGGCUAAAUCUAUUUCCUUGGGAACAGCUGAUCCACAGGAAAGCAGCACAUAGAAAAAGUCCAGUAAAUUAUUUUCCCAACCUCUGUUUUUUUAGGCAACUUCCUCACCUGGAUGCUCCUCUAAUGAUCACCUCCUCUGUGUCCAAUGUUAACGUGUCUAUUCAGCUUGGAGACACCACAUCUUUUGCCCUCGGCUUUCUGUCUGCCAUUGCAGAACUGCAGCAUCUUCUUGACAUUAAAGUUGACAAAGAAGAAUCUCAAAACAUGCACCAGCGUGCCUCACUGUCCCUGGACAACUUCUGGUGGAGAGUGGGUCAAGGGUCCCACAUCCAGCAAGCACCUCACCCACCUGGUAAACAUGUGUGGGGAGAAGCACUAAUUCUAGACUCCUUCAGCCUUCAGGGGAGUUUCAAUCGACCCAACACAGAGUUGAGGAGUCCGUCUUCAAGUCUAAGCUUGGAGUCCAGACUGAAAGGACUUCAGGUGGAGCUUUCAGAGACUUGUGCACUCUGUUUGUCUCGCCUGCUGUCCCUUAUUUGUAUCCCCCGUGACAAUGGGCUACAGCCUUCAGAUGUGACCUCUUCCACUGAUGAGACUGUACACCUUGUCACCACCUCGCCACAUCAGCUGCUGUUUAAACUGGACUGUCGUCUGGAGGAUGUUAACGUGUUCACACUGUCUAAUCUUGCAGGAGCUGUGUCAUUGCGGAUGGACACCGUGGGAGUCCUCUGCUCUGUUGAGAGCACCAGGGUGUCUCUGCACGGUGUUAGUUUGUCUGUGGUUAAGAUGAUCUCAGAAAACAUGGAAACAUGUUUCCCCGCUUCACAAACUCCUAACCCUGUACUCCAACUCAUCGCGAUAGCCUUCUGUUACCAUGUGACCACCCACACAUUAGAAGUUCAGUGUGAAGAGGAGAUCUUGGUUGAAUGGACACCACCAGAUCACAUGGUCUUAUAUCAGCACACAACUGAAGCUCGGGCUUGUUGGCAGAUGCUUUGUGGUGGGGAUCAUCAAAUCAAACCUGCAGAGAGCGUUUCAGGUCAGAGUAGGGGCUCCUGUGUGCGUGUCGAGCUUGGCCGUACUCGUUUAACAGCUCACGUCGGCGAGCAGAAUUAUGUCCUCCUGCACACAGAUGCCCUCCAGCUAUCCAAACACUCUGGUUCCAUGCAAAUACGCUCCCCUUCUCUGAUUCUAAACUUUGAUGGCAACAACAUUGUCACCUUCAAAGAUCUGGAAGUUGAGACACACGCGGAGCUGACUGAGAUGCAUCUGCACAGAGACACUUUUCCCUUUCUUACUACCACUCACAACCGUGUCUGGGUUCUCACAUGCCCUUCCCUGGCGGUUGAGUUUCCCUACCAGUACAACUUCUCAAACACCUUUGACAUGGCCAUUAGUGUACAAAAGUGGCUGAAGUCUCUACAUGGUACCUCAAGGGACUCCUCUGUUGUCCAACGUCUGCCUCCUGACCUCCUGUUCAAAAUCAAGCAGUUUUCAUUUGUUUUCCUGGAUGACAUAUUUGAAAUCAAGCUGCGAGACAACUAUGAACUGAUGAAGGACGAGAGUAAAGAAAGUGCCAAGCGUCUGCAGCUUCUGGAUAAGAAGGUGGGAGAUCUGCGCAAGCAACACGGAGAACUCCUGCCGGCUAGAAAGAUAGAAGAGCUGUACACUUCGCUGGAGAAAAAGCAUAUCGAGAUCUACAUCCAGCGUUCACGUCGCCUCUAUGCAAACACACCCAUGAGAAAGUCCCUGCUGACGUGGACUGUGUCCGACUUGGAGCUACUAGCACUGGCAGACCAGUCUCUCCAUGGGCCUGAGAGGGUGAGAGAGCAGCUGAGGGACAUUGAUGGGAUCAGCCCCUUCCCCAGAGAUGGACUCCCACUGGUGGUCCAGUGGUGCCGUGCAGUGAAGUUUAAACUGUCCUUGUUUCUGGUGAGAAUUCGGGACUACCCACGCUACCUGUUUGAGCUCCAGAACUGGGAGCUGUCAGGCCGUCUGAUUGGCACAGAGCAGGAUGGACAGACAAGAGCUUGUCGCAAGGAAAUUGUCUCACUUGGUGCUCCUUGGGGAGAUGUGACAGUUCACAGAAAUAUGCCACCACUCAAGUUCUACUAUGAUUUCAAAUCCACCAUCUCUCACUACACCAUCGUGUGGGGGCCGUGUUGGGAUCCGGCCUGGACUUUGAUUGGGCAGUCAGUUGACCUGCUGACCAAACCCACAGUUGAUCCUUCACCUCUUCUGGCUUGGUGGGACAAAAGUCGUCUUUUGCUGCAUGGCCACUGGGUCAUGGACAUCGAACGAGCCAAUCUUCAUCAAUUAGCCACAGAGGACCCUUACAACACUACAGAAAAUCUGCACUGGGAGUGGGAUAAACUGAACUUUCACUGGAACCCUGGGCAGUUUGUUUUUAAAGGCAACCUGGAUGUAAACGUCAGAACAGCAUCAAAGUAUGAUGAUAUCUGUUUUUUACACCUGCCCGACCUUUGUAUGACCCUUGACCUCCAAUGGCUUUGCCAUGGCAACCCCCAUGACCAUCAUGCUGUAAUGCUCUGCAGUGCAGAAAACAUUGCAGACAUAACCUCAGGACAACCUCAUGACUCCUACAGAGCCUUUCGAUCAGAAAAUCUUAAUCUCUCAAUCACCAUGGACCUUAACCAGCAUUGCUGCACAGAAUCGUCCCAGCCCCAAAUCCUGUUGUACAGCAGUACCCUCCGCUGGAUGCAGAACUUCUGGGCCACCUGGACAGGUGUAUCUCGACCAAUCUGCAGAGGCAAGCUCUUCCACAGCCUCAGGCCGGUCCGCAAGAAGCUGGGUCAGCAUUACAAGCAGAUGUCCUACACUGCUGCCUUUCCCAAGCUACAAGUGCAUUACUGGGCCUCCUUCGCCCAGCAGAGAGGUAUCCAAGUGGAGUGCAACAAAGGCCACAUCUUCACUCGUGGGACACAAAGACUCAUUCCACAGGCUGGUACGGUGAUGAGGAGACUGAUCUCUGAAUGGAACGUGACUCAGAUGGUCAGUGAGCUGUCUGAAGUGACAGUUCACCUAAUGGCCUCGACCUGGGACGAGACUGCUGACCAUCCGAUGAAUGCUCAGGUGAAGAAGACCCACCUGCUCAGCUUGUCAUCGCUGAGCUACCAGCGCCAGAGCAACCGCAUAGAGGAGGAGGUGAACACAAACAAUGAAGCAAAUGCCUUUUACACUCACAAACUGCACCUGGUGGACCUGCGUGCUUCCUGGACCACCACUAACAGGAACAUAGCCUUUGGUCUGUACGACGGUUACAAAAAGGCUUCUGUCCUGAAGAGAAACCUCUCCACUGAAGCUUUGAAAGGUCUGAAAAUUGACACACAGCUCCAGGCCAAGAAGCUGAAGCGCUCUCCCUCCACCCACUCUUGCAUCACAACCCCUUCCACACCUGUUACACCCACUGUCAGUUGGGCAGAUAAAAGUCCACAUGAAGGAACAUCAAUGCUCCAGAAACUGAUUGAUGCACCGGACAAGUUUGUAGUGUUUUCAGAGGAGGACUCCGGUGUCAGUGACCAGCUGUGUGGCAUUGCAGCCUGUCAGACAGAUGAUGUCUAUAAUCGCAACUGGUUCAUUGAGUUGGUCAACUGUCAGAUGAUGUUGCGUGGCGCAGAGACGGCAGGCUGCGUGCUGGUGUCUGCAGCGAAGGCUCAGCUGCUGCAGUGUGAGCACCAUCCUGCCUGGUACAAUGACACCCUGAAGCAGAAAACCACCUGGACCUGUCUGCUGGAUGGCAUGCAGUACUUUGCCACAAUGGAACCCAAUCCAUCUGAGCACGAGGACAGGCAGCUGUGGCUGGAGGUAAAAAACAUAGAGGAACACAGGCACCGUAACGUGGACUCUGUGCUGGAGCUGAUGGAGAGUGGUCAGGCUGUGGGAGGAAUGGUUAGCACUACUACAGACUGGAACCAGCCCGCCCAGGUGAACGAAGCACAGCAAGUUCAGCGCAUCAUCUCGCGGUGCAGCUGCCGAAUGCAUUAUAUCAGUUACAGCCAUGACAUCAACCCAGAGCUUGCCACACAAAUCAAACCACCAGAGCUGAGGAAUAACCAUGAAAAAGAGGAUCUGCUGAAAAAACAGGCUGGAGCUGUGGAUACAUUCACUCUGAUCCACCAUGAUCUGGAGAUAUCUACCAACCCUGUUCAGUAUGCCAUGAUCCUUGAUAUUGUCAACAACCUGUUGUUGCAUGUGGAGCCCAGACGAAAGGAGCACAGUGAGAAAAAGCAGAGAGUACGUUUCCAACUGGAAAUUUCUAGUAACCCAGAGGAGCAACGCAGCAGUAUCUUGCAUCUCCAGGAGGCCGUGAGGCAGCACCUAGCUCAGAUAAGACGCCUUGAGAAACAGAUUUACUCCAACACCAGGGCACAGGCUGAGGAACUGAGCUGUGAUGAACUGACGGAGAUCAACACAAGACUACAGAACCAGCUAAACCAGGAGAAGAAUGACAUGCAGAUGAAGAGCGAAGAACUCAACAUUCUCAUCAGAUGUUUCAAGGACUUCCAGCUGCAACGGGCAAACAAGCUGGAGCUGCGUAAGCCACCAGAAGACGUGAGUGUCGUAAGGAGAACAGAGAUCUAUUUUGCCCAGGCCCGCUGGUGCUUGACUGAAGAGGAUGGACAGCUUGGUAUUGCUGAGCUGGAGCUGCAAAGGUUCAUGUACAGUAAGCUGAACAAGUCUGAUGACACAGCGGAGCACCUUUUGGAGCUAGGAUGGUUCACCAUGAACAACCUUCUGCCAAAUGCAGUAUACAAGGUUGUACUCCGUCCUCAGAGCGCCUGUCAGUCCGGGCGCCAGUUUGCUUUGCGUAUUUUCAGUAAAGUGCGGCCUCCUGUGGGCGGGAUUUCAGUAAAGGAGCACUUUGAGGUGAACGUGGUGCCUUUAACCAUCCAGCUGAUGUACCAGUUUUUCAAACGGAUGAUGGGAUUUUUCUUUCCUGGGAGAAAUGUGGAGGAGGAAGAAGUGACUGAUGAGGAGGACAAAUUCAGAUUGGUGACUACUGGUAUCCCCGUUAAACCCCGGCAGUCGUCAGAGGACACUUUGGGUGCUAUGGGGUCCGGUAAAGGUGUCACCCAGGGAUUGAACCGCACUGCUGGUGUUCGAAGGUCAUUCAGGAAACCUCCAGAGCAUCCUGUUGAUGACAUAGACAAAAUGAAGGAGAGAGCUGCUAUGAACAACUCCUUCAUCUACAUCAAGAUUCCACAAGUCCCCCUGUGUGUCAGCUAUAAGGGAGAAAAAAGCAGUGUGGACUGGAAGGACCUGAACCUGGUCCUGCCUUGUCUGGAGUACCACAACAAUACCUGGACCUGGCUGGACUUUGCCAUGGCUGUCAAAAGGGACAGCCGGAAAGCCCUGGUAGCACAGAUGAUAAAAGAGAAACUGCGGCUGAAGCCGGCUUCAGGCUCGGACCUGCGGGGGAAGGCGUCUGAGGGGAAAUCUGAGGGGAACAACCUGCAGCAGCAGGAGGAAGAUGAGAAAGCACGACUCCUCAUCGGGCUCAGCACGGGAGACAAGACCUCCAGCAAGAAGAGCAUCUUCAGCCGACGCAAGUGAAAGUCAGAACACGCUUACAGCAGAGCAGGCUUUGACUGAAUCUGCAAAAGCAGCUCAAGCAGCGGGUUAGUGGAGGCAUUAGGGAACAACUGUGUAAGGGAUCAAAGCGUCUCUGUCUAUCGCGGUAAAAAGGGAGAUGGUGGAGCUGAUCAGCUCGUCUUGAAAUACUGAGUCAUACCAGCCUGCUGAAAUACUGGAGCAUCUCAAAUUCAUAUCACUGUUCCAGGAUCAGUAGGAUACCACUUAGACCAGACCUAUAUUAUGGUCUUUUCCUUGUGCCAUUUAAAGUUUUACUUUGAAAAUCAUAACUACUUAAGCUGCGUUGAAGGCAGCUAUGAAGGGUUACAGUAUGUAGCUGAGAUUUUACUGUUAACAGUUUGCUGUUAACUGUGAUCGGCAGUUAAUUUUCCUGCUGGCUCAGGAACUAACGGAGUCUGCCAGAAUAAACAGAGCUACAUUCAAAGCACCUUCAACGCCGUCAGCUGUUAAACAUUUUGGAAAUGCUAUAAAUUUACUGGGUAUUUACUGGGUAGUAUGUUUUACUGAUUAAAGCUUCUAGAAGUCGACCCUGGCUGCAUGUCUGUCACUGACAGGAAGGCCUGAUUCCACAGAAGGGGAGAUUAUCUAUUUUACCUGUAAAUGAUGGGCUGCAUCCUUCAGCCAGCCACUCAGUGCAAUGAGCAGGGAAUCGUUUUAAUGUUGUGUAAUGUGGCACUUGGUCUGGUGUUAUUCAGGUGUGUGGAUGUUGUGGUUUUAACACUAAUGCACUUUUAUCCAAAGUAUUUUGAUAUUUUUAUAACCACAGUUGUUUUCUCUUAAUUAACCUUCAAUUCAACGCGUUAUUUCAGUCACACUUCUAUCAAUGAGAAGAACAAAUCGGCCCGAACAUUUCAAUCGCACAGAUCGUAUCACACAAGCAGAUGUAUUCACGUUUGUCUUAGCUCUGUAACUUAUUGUUUAUCUGUCAAUAAAAGUGUUGCAGUCCCUCA